UCUGAAGAAUGUUCUUCGUUACCAAGGUGGAUUUUGACCCCUGCCCACAGCCUGGAUCCUGUGGAUCCUGUGUUCGGGUUUGGGAACCAAACCAUGGCGCCACCGGUCUCUCCAGUCAGCCUCUUGUCGCCAACGAAGCACCGCGGCCGCGGUUCCCGCUGCGCCAUGGCGUGUAGUUGCUGCGAUGCGGUCGAAGAGGAGGUGAAAAAGGUGGAAGAGAAUCUCGCCGAGGUGGUGCAAGAUGCAGCCCAAGCCAUCGAGACCGUGGUGGAGAAGGCGGAAGACGUCGUCGAGAGUGUGGCGCACGAUCUGGAGGCCGCCUCGGAACACGGAAUGCUGGUGGUGAAGGGCUUUCUGGAAGAGAAGUUGAGGAUGACUCUAAAGGCUCUUCUGAAGAACGUGCCCAAGAUCAUCAAGCAAGCCACGGACGACCAGGAUCUGCCGAAGUUUGGCAAAGACAUGAAGGAUGAUGCCAUUGACAUUGUCUGGCACAAUGUGGAAGAAGAGAUCAUUCGGGAGAUUGAGGAAACGACGUUCGGUGAGGCGGAAGACCCAGGCGCCCCAGUGUGCUGCUGUUGUGUGAACUUCGUGCGUUAUCAUCUUUAUCCGUAUGAUCGAGGACUCCCGGGUGUCUUUCAGGAUCCCUUAUUCUUGCUCUGCUUUCUUAUAGCCUUGUUUCCUUUGUUCAGCAUUGCACCUUACAUGUUCUUCCUGAUCUUCUUCAUGAUCGACAAGACUGACGAGUUCCAGAUGCUUUUCUUCAUCGUGCAGGUGCGUGGCAUGCAAUUUCCCUCCGAUGGGCUCCUGGCCGUCUACAUCCGGUACAUAGAGCUCUUCGUGUGCGUGCAGGAUGGCAAAGAUUGUCUUGCAGACACCAUUCUGCCGUCGACGUUUCAGGAGGUUGGUUUGUACAUGGACUUCAUUGGCUACGUCCUUCGACUCCUUCUGGUUUGGUUCAGUUUCUUCUUGCUUUGUCGCGCUCGUCGGCAGAGACCCCCCAAUGAUCCCUUUGAAGGGAGGAAAAGCAGGAUCGGUGGAAACAUGAUCUACCUGCUGGUCUUUGACCUUGUGCUUUCACUGGGUGGCAUUGGUGCGAUUCUGGGCGUGCUGGCUCAAAAGGAUUGGGAUCUGAUUUCACUUCAGAUCAUGUCGAUGAUGAACUUUGUGAAGUUCGUGCAUGGCUUCUUCUCGAUGCCCUUCUUCCUCUUGUUGGUGGUGCCCUUGUUGCGGAACAUCUUCUUGCAUACCUGGCCCACCGGCUACGACCGACAGGGGCGUUGCCGCCGGUACAUUGGCCCUCAGCCUCCGACUCCUAAGGACUCGGAGAAGGUUUUCCCGGAGCUGGCGGCCGGCGAGGUCUCGGAGGUCUUUGAGAAGGUGAAGAAGUCCUUUCUGGGCUCUAAGAGCGCCUGAGAGAGAGAUCUUAGCUGUCGAAAACCGAGCGAGCCAAAAAUGGCUCAAAAGGAAAACCACAUGGCUCGAAUGGGGACCCGUUGGGGACGUAACAAAUGACCAAUGCAGAAGACGUCACGGCAAGUCAU